GACAGUGGCGCGUUGAACUUUCAUGAUGUCGAAGUUGAAAACAAUCGUUUGGCCCAAAGUGAUUUUUUUCGGAGACUCCAUCACACAGUUCUCCUUCCAGCCCAACGGGUGGGGAGCAGACAUCACUCACAGACUGGCGAGUUGUCCCUGCAGAAAGUGUGACGUGGUGAACAGAGGACUGUCCGGGUACAACUCCCGAUGGGCCAAGAUCGUUCUCCCUCGUCUGAUCAGCAGCCACAGCUCAGACGACAACAUCAACAACAUCGCUGCUGUCACUGUUUUCUUUGGAGCCAACGACUGUGCACUGGAAGAUAAAAACCCGCAGCAGCACAUCCCUCUGCAGGAGUAUUCAGAGAACUUAAAGGAGAUCAUCCGGCUUCUGGCUUUAGCCGGAGUGUCUGCAGACAGAGUUAUCUUCAUCACCCCCCCACCCCUUCACGAGCCAGCCUGGGAGAAGGAGUGUAUUUUAAAAGGAUGUCCUCUCAAUCGCCACAACUCUGUAGCAGGGCAGUACGCCCAGGCGUGUGUCCAGGCCGCCGGUCAGUGCGGGACAGACGUCUUGGACCUCUGGACACUCAUGCAGAAAGAUGGACAGGACUACACAGUCUACCUGUCUGAUGGACUCCAUCUCUCAGAGAAAGGGAACCAGUUUGUGGCCCAGCACCUGUGGGGGCUCCUGGAAAGCCGAGUAGCCCACUUGCCCUUCAUCCUGCCCUACUGGGGAGACGUGGACGCCAAGAGCCCCGACAGCAGCCUGCUCUGCGACCAGUGACCACUCCCAUGCACAUUAGUUAGGGAAAAAAAUACUGUGGACUUGAUAUUUUGAAGGAAGCCUGAAACUGCACUGCAUUCCUACUGUGAGACACUGGAUGUGCAACACAAGACAAAGUGUUCACGUUUAAAAUGCACAUUAAAGAUUUUUAUUUUGAGAUGUGAUGCAAGCAUGAAACUUCAAAGAGGAAGAUGGUGAAUAUUUGUACAGAAAGAAACAAAGAAUAAAAACAUCAGAAUAUUAGA